UGCUGUGUGCCUUGGGAGGGCAGUGCGCUGUGUUCUGCGGUGGAACCGUCUACAAUGGGGAACGCAGGCGAGGCCGACCAUCGCAUGCUCACCAUGGCGGAACGGACUGCGGUUACAUCGGCUGUCGCGGUCGUCCUUUUGCGAUGCCAGAUGGAAACCGCGGGGGAGAGGAUGCGUUCGCGGCUCCGCGCAAGGGCCAGGAAGGCACUUCUUUCCGUAAUGACUGAAGGGGUGGAUGCCGCUGCCGUAUGGGAUGCCGUUCUGGAGGUGUGCUGCGCCGUGGGGUGCGGAGGCCUGCCCAGGGCCACCCCGCGAUGGUGGGUGAAGAGGAGGACGGGUGGUGCGUGGGAGGACCUUCCCCCAGCCCACGAUCCAACGGAGGGGUACUUUCGUGACAAGCUGCGCAUGUCGCCACGUGUCUUCCGUGAGAUUGUGGUGAACUUGUCGUCCAUUUUGCAGCGUCGUGUUACCUUUUACAGGGUGCCGUUGCAGCCAGACCAUAUCGUCGCCUAUGCGUUGUACAGAUGGGCCACUGGCGAGACGUACGAGAGCAGCACGUGCAGUUUCGGCAUUGGCAGGGCUUCUGGUCUGGUGGCCGUGAGGGACGUCACAGCGGCCUUGCUUUCGGUGUACGGGGACAAGGUGUCUUGGCCGACGGGGGUGCAGAAGGCUGUGGUCCUGCGCGCUUUCGCGGACAAGGGUUUCCCCAACUGCCACGGGUGCAUCGACUGCACUCACAUCUACGUCGACAAGCCCGCGAACGCGCCCGGUGAAGACUACAUGGACCGCAAACGUCGCUUCUCGGUGCAAGCCCAAGUCGUCGUCAACCUUGACCUCCGUGUUUUGGACGUCUUUGUGGGGUACCGUGGAAGCUGCCACGGCGUUCGGAUCCUCCACCUCUCUAGUCUUUGGUCCCGCGCGCAGUCCGGGGAACUGUUCAUGGGCCCUCCCGUGAUGCUGCCAUUCCAAGUGCUAACAAAUGGGUAUCUGCUCGGCGACAAUGGCUACCCGCCGAGUGAAUGGAUUGUCGUCCCGUACGGCGGCCUGGCGAAGUAUGCGUCGGAGUUCCGCUUCGACAACAAGCAGAAGACCGCGAGGGGGGCAGUGGAGAGGGCGUUCGGUAGGCUCAAGUGCAUGUGGCGGUUGUUCCUGCGGACGCACAAGAUGAACAUGGAUACGUUGCCGCAACAGUUCGUUGCCGUGUGCAUUCUCCACAACAUCCUCAUCGACGUUGGCAUCCCUUUUGACGAGAACUUGCUUUGGGAAGUGGACGCGAACGGUGUUCGGCGUCACGUGGAUCUGGGACUCCACCACGGUGACCUCCCCCGCACUCUGUGCAUGGAGACUUCGACGGGGGAGGCUAUGCUUCUGCGGGAUGCGCUGGCAGAGCGUAUGAUGGCUCGUUCUUGAGGAGUGGCAAUUUGCGUGGGCGGAGAUCCACGGGGCCAAAGUGGGGUGUCCACCGAAGGCCGGCGAUGGAGUGGAGGCAGUGCUUGAAGACACGU